UGUCGACGUUCAGCCUGCAGCGACACCGUGAAAAAGCCGAAACUAGACAAGCAUUACGCGUCCUGCCACGCGUCCUUCUCAUGCAUUGACUGUAGCACCACCUUCCACUCGCCCGCUGAGUACAAGGGGCACACAAAGUGCAUCAGCGAAGCUGAAAAGUAUCAAAAAGGCCUUUACAAGGGUCCAAAA